UUCUUUUUCCAUGGCUGUACUGUACCCCACCUCGCGUGGUCUGCGCCGCGCGUCAAGCAACCCAUGGCGGCCACGUCCCGUCCACGGCCCGGCCGCCCAACCGCACCGAGGCAAAGCUUCCACCAAUCCACCCUUCCCCCUUCCUGCAAUAGAGGCCGAAAGCGACGCCGCAGUUUCGGUCUCCCGUCUCCGCUCGCAAAUUUCAGUCUGCUCCGGCACCGGCCCUGCCGUGCCAGUGCCACCUCCAUAAAAUUCGCUAUCUUGGCAGGCGCAUCCACUCUUCUGAGUCCUGAUCUAGUCCUUCAGAGACAACGAGCUUCCUCUUCCAAGUCCCAAUUCCCGAUAACCAAUGUCAAAGCGCAAGCACACUGAAGGCACGACCGCACGAGCUAGCAAGGUCCUCAGUGACUGACCGGCGAUAAAGCAGCGGCCAGCAGCAGUGUCGCACAGCACACCAGCUGCUUGCUCACUCAGGGAAGCUUCCAUACCACCAGCCCACCACCAUGCCGACCGUGCUGAGCACAAGGCGGGCCGCAUCGCCGGAGACGAUCUCCCUCCCCUCCUCUCGUUCCUCCCACUCUCGCACGGCGAGCCCGCUCCACCCCGUCUCCCGCGGCAACCGAGCGCUCCGUCUUCUCGCCGCGCUUCGCUCCCCGUCCGCGCCGCGGCCGCGGCUGAGGCGUAGGCCCGGCCUCCCUCCCGCCCGCGCGGGGCUCGCCGCCGCCGCGGCAAUGCCGGCGCCGGAGACCAAGGCGCGCAUCCUGGUGGCCGGCGGCGGCAUCGGCGGCCUGGUCUUCGCGCUCGCCGCCAGGCGGAAGGGGUUCGAGGUGCUGGUGCUGGAGCGGGACGUGAGCGCCGUCCGCGGGGAAGGGAGGUACCGCGGCCCGAUCCAGCUGCAGAGCAACGCGCUCGCCGCGCUCGAGGCCGUCGACGCCGCCGCGGCCGACGAGGUCAUGGACGCCGGCUGCGUCACGGGGGACCGCGUCAACGGCAUCGUUGACGGCGUUUCUGGCUCCUGGUACAUCAAGUUUGAUACGUUUACUCCUGCAGCUGAGCGGGGGCUCCCGGUCACAAGGGUCAUUAGCCGCAUGACGCUGCAACAGAUCCUUGCUCGAGCAGUUGGCGAUGACGCUAUAUUGAAUGGAAGCCAUGUAGUCGAUUUUACAGAUGAUGGCAGUAAGGUUACUGCCAUAUUGGAGGACGGUAGGAUAUUUGAAGGUGACCUUUUGGUUGGUGCCGAUGGAAUAUGGUCAAAGGUGAGGAAGACACUAUUCGGGCACUCAGAUGCCACCUAUUCAGGUUACACCUGCUACACUGGAAUUGCAGAUUUUGUGCCGCCUGAUAUCGAUACGGUUGGGUACCGGGUAUUUCUGGGCCACAAACAGUACUUCGUCUCUUCGGAUGUCGGUGCCGGUAAAAUGCAAUGGUAUGCUUUUCACAAGGAAGAGGCUGGUGGCACUGACCCUGAGAACGGCAAAAAGAAAAGAUUGCUUGAGAUAUUUGAUGGGUGGUGUGAUAAUGUCAUCGAUUUGGUAAACGCAACCGACGAAGAAGCGAUUCUUCGCCGAGAUAUAUACGACCGCCCACCUACUAUAAAUUGGGGGAAAGGUCGUGUCACCUUGCUCGGCGAUUCUGUCCAUGCUAUGCAGCCAAAUCUGGGUCAAGGUGGCUGCAUGGCUAUUGAGGAUGGUUACCAGCUGGCCGUAGAACUAGAGAAUGCCUGGCAAGAGAGUGUCAAGACUGGAACUCCUAUGGACAUAGUUUCCUCCUUGAGACGUUAUGAGAAAGAGAGAAGGGUGCGUGUUGCUGUUAUACAUGGACUGGCAAGAAUGGCAGCAAUCAUGGCUACCACCUAUAGACCGUAUUUGGGUGUUGGUCUAGGACCUUUAUCGUUUUUGACCAAGUUGCGGAUACCACACCCUGGAAGGGUUGGUGGCAGAUUCUUCAUCAAGUAUGGAAUGCCUGCUAUGCUGAGCUGGGUGCUUGGUGGCAAUAGCUCAAAGCUAGAAGGAAGACCUUUAAGCUGCCGACUUUCUGACAAGGCACAUGACGAGCUUUAUCGGUGGUUUGACGAUGACGAUGCGCUGGAACAAGCUAUGGGUGGAGAAUGGUACCUCUUCGCAACAAGUGAAGCAAACAACAAUAGCUUGCAGCAGCCCAUUCGUUUAAUUAGGGAUGAGCAGAGGUCACUCUCUGUUGGCAGCCGGUCAGAUGCUAAUGACUCAGCUUCUUCCCUAUCAUUGCCCUUUCCACAGAUAUCAGAAAGGCAUGCUACUAUCACGUGCAAGAAUAAGGCUUUCUAUCUGACUGAUCUCGGGAGUGAACAUGGUACCUGGAUUACCGACAAUGAAGGUAGACGUUACCGCGUGCCACCAAACUUCCCGGUUCGUUUCCAUCCUUCCGAUGUCAUUGAGUUUGGUUCCGAUAAGAAGGCUAUGUUCCGGGUGAAGGUGCUGAACACGCUCCCAUACGAAUCAGCAAGAAGUGGGAAGCAGCAGGGGCUGCAGCAAGAGCAAGUCCUCCAGGCAGCAUGAAUGGAGACACCAGUCACCAUCCCAUCAUCAGCGACACUGUACUGUAUAGCAAUCGGGAGAUACACGAUACUCCAACGCGUAAAAAAGCGUAAAAGAUACGUCAAAACAGAUGUGAUUUUUGCAUCCAUGCAGAUGCGAAACAGGAUUUUGAAUCCUAGCACCUAACGGAUUUAAAUGAUGAAGUUUCAGUUCUACGAGAGGAACUGAGUUGUACGAUAGGGAUAACUUAGCUGUUGUCGGACUGUGUACAUUGUUGGUAUCAUCACCCAAAAUAUUGUACAUCUAGAAGCCAUAUUGUAAUUACGGCACGUAUACAGUAACACUUUGAUCAUGUAAUACAGUAUAUAGUUGUUUACGGCACGUAUACUUUGAUCAUGUAAUACAGUAUAUCUGGCGCUGAGUCAGAUAGGGUAUGAUUUGUUCUUCCA